AUGUUAGACACAGACAAUAAAAAUAAUAAUAUUGAUGAUUUAUUUUUUUCAAUAUGGAGAAACAAGUAUCUAUUAAGUGAAAUACAAAAACACAUAAAAUUGUAUGAUGAAUAUGAAAUAGUAUAUUUAAAAUCAAUGUAUGAACUUAGACAUCAUUCACAUAGAGAGUAUAUUACAUCAGUGUUUAUUUAUCAUAAUGAAGGAAUAAAAACACCAGAUUCAGACAAAAUAUCUUAUAAACCAAUUGAAGCAGGUGAUAUCCCAGAAACCGUCACAAGUGUAAAAUUUGGAAAUAAUUACACCCAGCCAAUUGAUAUUAAAUCAGCUUUACCUUCAGGAGUUACAUUAUUUGAAUACCGUAACUUUAAUCAACCACUCACACCAAAUACUUUACCCCCAAAUAUUAAGAGUUUAACAUUGGGAAUGGAUCAAGAAAUCUGUGAAGGCACUUUCCCAGAUUCAUUAACAUUUUUAUCUCUAUAUAAAUUCAAUAAGACAAUCUCUGGACCCAACUUAUUCAACUCUGUUGUAAAUCUACAUCUAACAUCGUAUAAUCAACUUUUAAAAGCUGGUGAUUUACCUAAAACACUUGAAACCUUAAAUUUAAAUAUCUAUAAUCAACCACUAGAACCCAAUGCCCUUCCACCUAAUUUAAAAACACUAAUAACUCCAGGAUUUAACUGCCCAUUGACCCACGGUUCACUACCAGAUUCAAUCACCGAACUCAAUAUGGAUAAUUAUAAACACUCAUUAUCAAACUCACUGUCAUCCUUAACGUCAUUAAAAAAAUUAUCAAUGUAUAGUUAUAAUCAGGAUAUUUCCGAAGCAGCAUUACCAAGUUCAAUUACAUCAUUGAAUCUAUUCCUUUUUAAUAAAAAACUAUUACCAAACGUACUUCCAUAUUCAACAAUAAUCCUCAGAUUAGACACCUAUAAUCACCCUUUGGAACCAGAGGUAAUUCCGCCCAAUGUAGAGCAUUUAGAAUUAAGUUCAUAUAACUGCUUCCUUAGUAAAAAACUACUCCCAAAUUCUAUAAAUUAUCUAAUAAUCUCAUGUUUUGGUCAACCUUUUUUAAAAGACUCUCUAUCAUCAUCAAUUAAAUAUCUUAGGUUCUGCGAUAGGGGUCCAGAAAUAUUCGAAAUGGAUUCAAUUCCACCAUCUGUUGAAAUUUUAAAACUACCCUGCUUCUAUAAGCAUCCUCUUCCAGCUGGUUUAAUUCCAGACUCUGUAGUAGAUUUAACUUUACCGGAUUGUUACUCUCCCCUUCAAGUGGGUGUAUUACCAGAAUCCCUCACUAAAUUAACCUUUGGUUUUGGUUUUGAUCAACUUCUAGACCCAAAUACUAUUCCACAAUCUGUUACCCAAAUAAAAUUAAAUAAUAGAAAUUAUCCACAUCCAAUAUCUGAAUCUUUAACAAAUAGGUUAAAAAUAUUAAAAUAA